AUGGAUGUGGAGGGGUUGGAUGAAGAAGUUGAGGGGGCUCGUCAGGCGGCAGCCCGCCGCGUGGCGGAGUGGUUGACAGUGCCCGACGACUUGCAGUCCAAGCUCCCCAAGUUGCGAGCCAACGUCCACGCCGGCCAGCUGGCCACCGACGCCCAGCUGCGCGCCCUCGUCCAGGUUCAACUCGACAGCGCCCGCACGGGCCUCGACCUCCUCCGACUCUCUCUCGGCCGCAUCGCCAACGUGCAGGCCAACCUCUCCGCCGUGGACAAGCUGUGCGCGGAAACACAGGGCCUCAUCGGGCAGUACGAACUCAUCAAAGCUGUGAACGAUGCCCGAACCAAUUUGCACUACACCAGGCGGCAGCUUGACCGCACACUCGAGAUCCCGCGAAAGAUCGAGGAGAUCCACGACAUGCUCGAGAACGAGAAGAAUCUCCUGCAGGUGUACAACGAAAUCAAGAAGCUGGAGAAGAUGCGCGAGGGCGCCUUGCACGAGGCCCGCGGCAACACUGAACAGUACGAGGUGCUGGAGGAGGUAUUCAAGGACGUGCCCGGCAUGUUCGAAGUGUUUGAGGAGAAGCUCUACGAUCUUACGCGGCAGACCAUCACCCUGGCCAAGGCACUACGUCCGGCCGGACCGCUAAUUAAUGUGGACGCGUCCAUGAUGGUGGCGGCUGUGCAGGAACGGCCGUCGGUGCUGGUAAAGGCCCUCCAGGUGGUGGAGCGGGAGCACAAGCUGUGGGAAGCCCGCGCUGCAGCCAAGGGGAAGAAGAAGUCGAAGAAGGACAAGCGGAACGACAUCGACCCGCGCGAGAAAAUCAAGGAGCACAUACGCAUCUCCGUCGGCGAGCGCUUCCGACAGGUAUUUGCCGACUGUGGGGAAGAUGUGCAAAAGAUCAUCUCCCGCUCGGCGCUGCUCUCCGAAGAUCUCGACGUGGUGGUGCACCAGGUCGUGCCCUGCUUCCCCGAGCACUUCAACAUAGAUGCGUUCUUCGUGGAGGAGUACCACCAGCGCCUGAAGGCCAUGUUCUCGGAGUUCGCCCAGCAGGCCGACGACCUCUCCACGCAGGAGAUCCUCGUACUCGUGGAGUGGGUCCACAAGUCGUACGAGCCCCAGAUGAAGGCGCUCGGGGCCAAGGAGGUCGCCGACUCGCUGAUGGACGUCCUCGAGCCCCUCAUGCUCUCCUACAAGGCCGAUGCCGCGAAAAUGAUGAACGAGUGGACGGGCCGGUUGAUCGAGCAGGACAAGCAAGCGGAACCCGACCAGGCAAGCCUAGCUACACUCCCCUUACGCUUCACCUUCCCACAACACCCCCUAACACGAUCGCUGGACGGACUGUUCUACACCGACGCGCCCGUCCUUCUCUUCAAGUUCAUCAACCAGCAGAUCGACGUCGUCCGGCCCACCGCCUGCCCCAGGUUCAUCGGGCUCGUGGCCGAAGAAUGCCUCACGGUGCUGGAGCGCUACCAAAAGGCCCUCUUCCACACCAUCAGGAAGGAGGUGGACAGCCUGUACAUGGAGAACAUAUUGGCCAUGAUCAACAACAACCACAAAUGCCACGACUAUUUGCAGGAUCUGGGGCGCAAGCUCGCCAAGGCGCUGGAGGCCGACGCCAUGGCCAAGCUCAACAUCAACGGCGUGGCCGGCGUGUUCUAUCAGAUCGCUGAGGAGGCCAUCAAGACGGUGGUGGCCAUCAUCUUCAAGGACCUCGAGCCUGCCCUGGUCAAGAUAUUCCACAAGGAUUGGUACGAGGACGAUCUCAUCGAGGCCAUCGUGGAGACGGUGAAGGACUACUACGACAACGAGUGCAUCAAGGGAUACAUCGUUGACUCGGCCCUGCGCAAGAUGUCGCAACUGAUCCUGGACCAGCUGGUGUACCGGUACGUGGCGGAGAUGGUGUCCCGCAAGUCGUCCUUCGAAAAGCGGACGGUGAAGCGGAUGCAGGACGACGAGCAGGCCAUCCACGACUUCUUCGUCAAGGUGCCCCAUGCCCCUUUCCCUCUGCUGCGCCAUACGCACGUGAUGACGAUGACCACGAUGAUGAUGAUGAUGGGGCGAGUAACCGAUGACCACCGCGGCUCUGGGCAGGACGGCGACCUCAAAGAAAAGCAGGUGGCGGCCGCCCUGCAGAUUCUCUUCGACCUCCGUCAGAUCGUUGAUGACGCGACGUCGGUGGUGGAGAACUUUGCGGAGCUGUUGAAGCACAGCCCGGACAUCACGAUGGACACCUUUGCCGGCCUCCUGGCCCGCCGCCCCGACCUGUCCAAGGCGCAGAUCAAGGAGCUGGCCGAGGCCUGCGCCGUCAUCCACCAGAAAAAGCAGCUCGAGCGGGAAGCGCUCGGCGGCGACGGCUCCGACGCCAAGAAGCCCUCCUCCGGCGAAGAUACGGGGGAGGAGGGCGAGAAGACGCCGAGGAAGGGCGGCCUGUUCACGAGCAUCCAGGAGGCGCAGGCGUCGGGCGUGACGUCCUUCGCCAAGGUGUUCUCCCUCGUCAGCAACGUCAACAUCAAAUCCAAGAAAUAA